AUGCCUCUUUCGGUUUAUAGACCUGUUAUUCUGCGAUAUUUACGACGAGCGCCAUGCUUAGCACAAGUGAGAUUCACUAGUGGAGGACCAGAGUUUCCUGGAAAACCAAAGGAAGAGAAGGAUAAGAAUAACGGAUCUGAUAAAAAUAAUAAAAAUGCUGAUCUAACAAAGAAAGAUAAUCACAAUCACGAAUUGCAAAGCUUUACAUUCAAGUCGACAACAUCCAAAUCAGCGCCAGCGCCCAUGGAUGAAAGUCCUAAUGGAAUUCAAAGUCUUCUCAAGAAAGAUAGAAAACCAUACAUACCAAAACUCAAUCAUAAAAGACUUACAUUUGAGUACCCGGACCUACCUAAAGACGACCCUUCCUUAAACCUUUUAAACAAGCCGAAAAAAAUAUCACGCUGGACUAGGUAUAUUCCCAAGAUUCUUACUGUCCUCGUGGGUGCAUGGGGUGUGUAUGUUGUUAAAGUUUGGUAUUUGGAUGACAACAGCGAAGGGCAAAAGAGCAAUGACUUGCUCGAUGUUGAUGAGUUCCACAAGUUCAUAAUUACGCACAAAGAAAAGAUUGAUGAUGACCAUUACAUAAUCGAGGUGCAUCCCAAGUACGAUCGUUGGGAAUAUAGUUUUGCCUCGAAUAGAGAGCUGAAAAAACUAUGGAAUGGUGACAAGAUAUGGUCGGUUGAGAUACGUCAACCCGAUAUCAAUGUCGUUAGAUCGUACACUCCAUUGCCAAUGUACUAUAUGAAAUCAGAAUACACUCGCUCGGGGGAAAAGGCGCCAUUGUUAAAAAUUUUCAACCCCGCAACCGACGAUCUUUCACGGAACGGAACAAUGUGUUUUUACAUCAAAAGGUACCCUCAAGGUGAAGUAUCGAGAUACAUUACUAGUAAAGAAAUUGGCGAUGAGUUAGAAUUACGUGGGCCAAACAUUGAAUAUAGAUUCCCAUAUCAUCCAUUGAAAACUGUACAUGAACGUCCCAUUUUUAAGGAUUUACCCUCAAAAGUUGAGCCUGAUAACCUUAUUGACUCGCUCUUGAGGGAUCGGAAGUUUCCACCAAUGGACAACUUGACAUUUUAUGCUGGAGGCACGGGUAUUGCACCAAUAUUACAAGUCCUCUUUUCGGAAAAUCCGUAUUUGGGACAUGUUAAUUUGCAUUACUUUGCACAAAAACCUGGUGAAUUGGGUAUAUUAACUAGAUUCUUGUUAUUUUUGGACAAGCUAGACCGGAUUGAUUUUGAAUGUCAUUACGAUAAUCAACGAAAAACAAAACUCAACCCCAAAACAGUUUUACCACCGACUCCGCCAAACUAUUAUUCACCAAAAAGGUUGGAGCAAUCCACCUCUAAUUUGACUCCUGAGGAAGCACUUAAUGUGAAACUUCAAAUUAUGGGCGACGAGGAGAAAGAGCAGAAAAUCGAACCGGGGCUUAAGGAAAAACUUAUUCAAUCAGCAGAGGAACGAGGCGAGCGGUAUACCUCGGCAUUGGAGCAGGCCCAAGUGACAAAGAAGGAGAAGAAACAACCUGCAGCGUUGGCAAUUGUUUGUGGACCUGACGGAUUCGUUGAGUAUAUGGCAGGCGCAAAAGAUCUUGCACGCAAUCAACAAGGAAAAAUAGAUGGUGUAUUGGGAACUAAGAAAUGGGACAAUUCAAAUACUCAUAAAUUAUAA